AAUCGGAGCGCGGCUGCUGGUCGAGCCCAGCCCCGCCCGGCCGCGGUCGGACUGUCGGACCCGGGCGGGUGCGCAGAACGCCGCUGAGCCAGCGAGCGGUUGGGUGAACGGGGACCAGGCCAUGGAGAGCCGAAUCCAGCGAGUUCGCGACGCGUUCGCGUCCGGCCGGUCGCGCCCGCUGAGGUUCCGGCUGCAGCAGCUCGAGGCCCUGCGCAGGAUGGUACAGGAGCGCGAGAAGGACAUCCUGCAGGCCAUCGGCGCCGAUCUGUGCAAGAGUGAAUUCAACGCAUACAGUCAGGAAGUCAUUACCAUUCUUGGCGAACUGGAUCUUGUGCUGGAGAAUCUUCCUGAAUGGGUUACUGCCACGCCAGCCAAGAAGAACUUGCUGACCAUGCUGGAUGAGGCCUAUGUCCAGCCAGAGCCCCUGGGAGUCGUACUCAUCAUCGGAGCUUGGAACUACCCCUUUGUUCUCACCAUUCAGCCUCUGAUUGGAGCCAUUGCUGCAGGAAAUGCUGUCAUUAUCAAGCCUUCUGAACUAAGUGAAAAAACAGCUCAGCUCUUGGCCAAACUCCUUCCGCAGUAUUUGGACCAGGAAUUGUAUGCCGUGAUUAACGGUGGCAUCCCUGAAACCACGGAGCUCCUGAAACAGCGGUUUGACCACAUCCUCUAUACGGGGAACACGGCUGUUGGGAGGAUUGUCAUGGAAGCCGCUGCCAAGCACUUGACCCCCGUGACACUUGAGCUGGGAGGCAAGAGCCCGUGUUACAUCGACACAGAUUGUGACCUGGAUGUUGCCUGCCGGCGCAUAACUUGGGGGAAAUACAUGAAUUGUGGCCAAACCUGCAUUGCUCCUGACUAUGUCCUCUGUGAACCGUCCCUCCAGCAUCAAAUUGUGCAGAAGAUUAAGGAAACCGUGAAGGAAUUUUAUGGUGAAAAUAUAAAAGAAUCUCCCGAUUAUGAGAGGAUCAUCAACCUUCGUCAUUUUAAGAGGAUACUAAAUUUGCUGGAAGGACAGAAGAUCGCUUUCGGUGGGGAGACCGAUGAGGCCACACGCUACGUAGCCCCAACGAUCCUUACUGACGUCGAUCCUGAAGCCAGGGUGAUGCAAGAAGAAAUUUUCGGGCCCAUUCUUCCCAUCGUGCCUGUGAAGGAUGCCGACGAGGCCAUAAAGUUCAUCAACAGCCGUGAAAAGCCACUGGCCUUCUACAUCUUUUCUCACAAUGAUAAGCUCGUCAGACGGAUGAUCGACGGCACGUCCAGCGGCGGCGUCACGGCCAACGACGUCAUCAUGCACUUCACCCUCAGCUCGCUGCCCUUUGGGGGUGUAGGUUCUAGCGGAAUGGGAGCUUACCAUGGGAAGUACAGUUUUGAUACCUUCUCUCAUCAGCGGCCCUGUCUGCUGAAGAGUUUAAAGAGGGAAGGUGCUAACAAGCUCAGGUAUCCUCCCAACAGCCAGUCAAAGGUGGAUUGGGCAAAAUUCUUCAUCCUGAAGCGCUUCAACAGAGGAAAACUCGGUCUGCUGUUGCUGGCUCUCCUGGGUGUUGUGGCGGCCGUGCUGCUCAAGCUCAGACUGCGUUGUCCCGUAAGCAGUGACGACCACAGAUCCCACGGCCCAGCUCUGUCUUUAAGAGUGAGGAUCUUAAAGUUUCAAGUCAGUGGAUCUUCAAGGACAAAUCUGUAAGUUUCUUAGGUGCACAGCACAAUGCACAUAAAUUCCACUUUGCUAAACUUCAGAGAGAUCCCUGAGUAAGUGCAGCCUUCAGGACCUAACACAGAAAGCCACUGCCUACCAUGACCAAGAGGCCUUGGAUAAUCAGGACUUCAGAGUUGGAGAGCUUUGGAGGGGGCUGAUGGUGGAUUGUUUGGAGAAGGACUCUGUGAGCCACAGCGGUUGGCCACGCUGAAGAGGACGGAGGACACAGGAAGGGGAGCUCUGUUGAGAUGGCUGGGACCGGAGACCUGAAGCAGUUCAGUCCAGUAGGAAAGACCUCAGCCUCCCUGCCAGGCCUUGGGGACUCCUGGCUGUAGGGGCCCCACCAUCCCCAGAGCAUGAGUCACCGGCUUGAUUGCACACACUCAGACAGCGUGUGACCUUCAUGUCAGCAUGAGGUGUCAAGAACUCGUCACUAGGCUAGUCCAUCAGGAUAAUCGGUCAUAAAAUAUCUUAGAAUAUCCAUGUGGAAUUUUUCAUUUAGCCUACUAAAUUGUACUUUCUAAUUUCUAGUUCAACUAAAUUAUUGGCUUGUCUAUUGGUAUAUUCUGCUUAAAAAUAAAUACAUAAUAUUUACUAAAA